AUGGGUCCCAUCAAGGAUUUUAAACUGAGAUAUGAAGCCGUCAAUAAGCAAAACACUUUCGCUGCGGGGGAUUUAAUCAAUGGCUCGCUGUCUUUCACGUUGAGCGAAGAGAUCAAAAUAAAAUCCCUGUACGUGAAGGUUAAAGGCGACGCCAACGUACACUGGAGCGAGCACCAGCACGGGGCGCACCAGCACGGGGCGCACCAGCACGGGGCCCACACUCAUCACUCCAGACACCUGAGGUUUUACAAAGCCAAGGAGUUUUUGGUUCCCGAAUCUAAAGAUGAAACUGUUCUUCAACAAGGAGACCAUCGCUAUCAGUUCAAACUUAAAAUACCAGAGGGAAACAUACCACCCUCCUUCCAGGGUUAUCAUGGCAAAAUUGUCCAUGUGCUUCAGGCGAAGCUGAAAAGAAGCUGGCAUACGUCUACUUCAGACCAACACCUACUAAAUUUUGUAUCCAGAAUGUAUUUGCCCGCUGUACAGUCUCACCAGUCUGGAUCUGUGGAUAAAAAGGUGGGGACCUUCUCUAAAGGGAAAGUCCAUUUGAGUGCAACUGUGGACAAACAGGUUUACUCCCCAGGAGACACUGUACAUGUUACGGCCAAAAUCAAGAACCAAUCCUCCAAGAAAAUGCGGAUCAAGUACAGUAUAUAUAGUAAAACGGUGUAUCGUGCCUACCACCAUGCAAAGAUCGAAAAUGGAACAGUGUGCAAAAUCGCAGGAGAGACAAUUGAACCUGACUUUGAGGGUGAUGUGUCCUGUGCUAUCGCAAUUCCUGCAGACUCAAAGCUCAGCAUCCACAACUGUGAAAUCAUCACUGUGGAAUUCUAUCUCAAGAUGUAA